UAUGUAUUUAUUUAUUUUGUUUAACCCCAUAGCUUACUGAAUAAGUGAAAUAAGUGAAACUGAGGACUUGAUUAUUUGACAUUUUUAACAGCAGGUUUCAUUAAUGCCUUUCUAAAGUGUGAACAUUUUAUAAGAAACCUGCAGGCGUUUGUGCACUUAUUUCGCACAUACAAAAAUUAUUCCCUGUUCAGCAUUAAAAAUGAUCGUUAUGUUCGAAAGUGUUUCAAAACGAAACGUAAGAAAAUUAUAAAGAAUUAUUUGUAUUAUUGACUUGACUAAUUACAUUUUGAAAAUGUUAUUCACUUGACUAUCCUGUUAUUAGAUGUUUAGUAGGCCUAUUUAACAAAAAAAAAAAAAAAAAAGCGGUUGAUACAUUAUGUCAAAGGGUUAUUUGAAAAUGUUCAGUAAUACAUUACAAAUAAUAAUAAAUGUAAAAAAAAAUAAAAAAAUUCAUCCAUGGCCAUCAGCAGCAGGUGCUUAAUGAAGUAUGAAAGAACUUGGUGUCAUCCCACGUCUUCUUAGGGAUGCUGCACGCGGUUUAUAUCUUUCGAAGUUCUUACAGCUUGACUCUGACUGAUUUACGUCCCUGUGCGUCACAGCCACGCCCAUACAACACACUAUUACACCUAACCAACUCAUAGUCUCAUGCGGUUUGUUAGACUGCAGUCUUGAGGGAGAAGGAACUUUGUUGUCAGCUGUUUUCUCGCAUCCCUGUGGACUGAGAAGCAGCGCGGGAGUCAUGAAGCAGGAGGUCAGGGCUGCUCUGGGGUCAGCUCGUCCCUGGCUCCACUCAGAGACGAACCUUUCUGCUCAGAGCAGAGGUGUUGGUCUUGCCCGGGUGCACUUCGAGAAACAGCCGCCUGCCACCCUGCGCAAGUCAAACUUCUUUCACUUUGUGUUGGCUUUAUAUGAUAGUCAGGGUCAGUCUGUGGAGAUAGAGAACACUGCGUUUGUGGACUUUGUUGAAAAGGAGAAGGAGCCAGUAAGUGAAAAAACAAACAAUGGAAUCCAUUACAAACUCCUUUUACUGUACAACAAUGGUGUCAGAACAGAGCAAGAUCUAUACAUCCGUUUGAUAGACUCUGAGACCAAACAGGCAAUUGUGUUUGAAGGUCAGGAUAAAAACCCUGAAAUGUGUCGUGUUCUUCUCACUCAUGAGAUAAUGUGCAGCCGAUGUUGUGAUAAGAAAAGUUGUGGAAACAGGAACGAAACACCAUCAGACCCCAUCAUUAUUGAUCGGUUCUUCCUGAAAUUUUUUCUCAAAUGUAAUCAGAAUUGCCUGAAAAAUGCUGGGAACCCACGAGACACGCGUCGUUUCCAGGUGCUGGUCUCUACCACAGCCUCUGUUAAGGGCCACAUUCUAGCCAUUUCAGAUAAUAUAUUUGUCCAUAACAAUUCAAAGCAUGGCAGAAGACCAAGAAGAUUUGAGCUGAUUGAAGCUGAGAUCCCCUGCAUCAAGGCCAUCAGUCCGAGUGAAGGUUGGACGUCAGGAGGAGCCUCAGUGAUUAUUAUUGGAGAUCAGUUCUUUGAUGGUCUACAAGUGGUUUUUGGAACAGUUAUGGUCUGGUGUGAGGUGAUUACACCACAUGCGAUUCGUGUGCAGACUCCACCUCGUCAUAUCCCUGGUGUUGUAGAAGUUACACUGUCCUACAAAUCCAAGCAAUUCUGCAGGGGACCUCCAGGACGCUUUAUUUACACUGCUUUAAAUGAGCCAACCAUUGACUACGGGUUCCAGCGCCUGCAGAAGGUGAUUCCUCAUCAUCCAGGCGAUAUGGAUAGACUACCAAAAGAGGUCUUACUGAAGAGAGCUGCUGAUCUCUUAGAGAUGUUUUAUGGAAUGCCUCACAACAACCAGGAGAUUAUUCUGAAGCGUGCAUCCGAUAUAGCAGAGGUGCUCCACGCCAUCCCACGAAACCCGUCCCACACAAAUUCACACGGAAUGAUGGGUGUAAACUCUUUUGAUGCACAGUUACCUGUGACCACAGAAAUUUCACCAGAUGUAGAACGAGUGGGUUUCAGUCGAAGUUCAAACAUUGGCUUCAUUGCAGGCAGCACAUCCCAGCAGUCUGAAUUCAACAAUACCAAUACGUGCAUGAAUACACACACACAUUCACACUCUCACUCCAACAUGCCAAGACACACACACUCAAACACACACCCGUCCUUGGCUGGGCACACACAAACAAACACACGCCCUUCUGUGUCAAACUUCUCUGUGGCCACACAGCCAUUCUCAGACAGUUCCACAGCGGACACACAACACUACAUCGUGAAGCAAAAAAGUGCAUUUGCUCCAGUUCUGAAGCUGCAGUCCUCAACGGCAGAAGCUUCAGGUGUCCCCAUCUGCAUGCCUUGCAUGGACUAGUGACACCAGUCACACUCUCACAUGGACAAAUGAAAAACUCCAUUCAGACUCCAUUGUGAUCUUUGUAGUCAGGGAACAACAACGUCUGUUUUGCAUUUUGAAGGUUCUCUCAGUGCAGGCAAUACAA